GUGAACCCAGAUUGAAACUAAGACACUACACUACUAACGGACACAGAGCCUCUCUUUCUUCGCUCCACAUACUGCCGCGUGCUCCCUCAACCUCCACAACUUCUCUCCCUCCUUAUUAAAACAAACAAAAAGAAAUUUGAAACAACCAAAAUAUAAAAAAAAAACUAACCAUUACAAGCAGCACUCACUUCUCUCUGCACUAAUUGCCACUCGAAGCUCACUCUCUCUCUCUCUCUCUCUACGGUUCCGCUAUGGAUGCGGCUCCGCAGCUCGUCUACGGCGGAAUCGAGCCUCGCCACCGCUUCACCUUACCUUCACGCUGUCCAUCACCGACUAGUAUUACCGUACGAAAACGAGCCAACCGUGUUUUCGCUGUCGCAACUGAACCAAAACCUACUCAAACCGGACCGUCUAAAUCAUCCUCACCGGAUAAUCUUAAUGGAUCAACAAGGUCAGCUCCGUCUUCUAAAACUGUUAACGGAGUUUCAUCAAGAUCAACGCCUCCGUUAAAACCAGUCAACGGAGCUGCUUCCACAAGGAUUGGAGAAGUAUCACAGGAAAUAAAGAGGGUGAGGGCACAAAUGGAAGAAAAUGAACAGUUGGCGAUACUUAUGAGAGGACUACGUGGCCAAAAUUUAAGAGAUUCUCAGUUUGCUGAUGAUAAUAUUAAGCUUCGCUUGGUUGAGGUUGAUGAGAGCAGUGAAUUUUUACCACUGGUAUAUGAUCCUGCUAGCAUCGCGUCUUAUUGGGGAAAUCGACCACGUGCUGUUGCAACAAGAAUUGUUCAGUUGCUCUCUGUUGCUGGGGGUUUCCUUUCUCGUAUUGCUUUGGAUGUUAUAAACAAGAAAGUCAAAGAGAAUGAAGUUGCUAGAGCCAUUGAAUUAAGGGAAAUUGUUACCUCUUUGGGUCCAGCAUAUAUAAAACUUGGUCAAGCAUUGAGUAUUCGACCGGAUAUACUGUCACCUGUUGCAAUGACUGAGCUACAAAAACUUUGUGAUAAGGUUCCUUCAUUUCCGGAUGAUAUAGCAAUGGCUCUUCUUGAGCAGGAGCUUGGUCAGCCAUGGCAUGAAAUUUAUUCUGAGCUUUCUUCUUCUCCAAUUGCUGCUGCAUCUCUUGGACAGGUAUAUAAGGGUCGCUUAAAAGAAAAUGGGGAUUUGGUAGCUGUCAAAGUACAGAGGCCUUUUGUUCUUGAAACAGUAACAGUUGAUCUGUUCAUUAUACGGAAUUUGGGUCUAUUUCUCCGCAAAUUUCCGCAGAUCUCUGUAGAUGUUGUUGGAUUGGUUGAUGAAUGGGCAGCUCGUUUCUUUGAGGAACUUGAUUAUGUUAAUGAAGGUGAAAAUGGAACUCUAUUUGCUGAAAUGAUGAGGAAGGACCUUCCACAGGUUGUUGUGCCAAAGACCUAUGAGAAGUAUACUUCAAGAAAGGUCCUUACUACACAAUGGAUUGAUGGAGAAAAACUCUCACAAAGUACAGAAAGUGAUGUUGGAGAAUUGGUUAAUGUGGGGGUCAUAUGCUACUUGAAGCAGUUGCUAGAUACUGGAUUUUUCCAUGCUGAUCCUCAUCCUGGCAACCUGAUCCGCACUCCAGAUGGGAAGCUAGCCAUACUAGACUUUGGUCUGGUCACAAAAUUAACAGAUGAUCAGAAAUAUGGAAUGAUUGAAGCUAUUGCUCACCUUAUACAUCGGGAUUAUGGUGCUAUUGUUAAAGAUUUUGUCAAACUUGAUUUCAUUCCCGAGGGAGUUAAUUUGGAACCUAUACUGCCAGUCUUGGCGAAGGUUUUUGAUCAAGCACUUGAAGGUGGAGGAGCAAAAAAUAUUAACUUCCAGGAGCUAGCAUCUGAUCUGGCACAAAUAACAUUUGAUUAUCCAUUUAGGAUACCCCCUUAUUUUGCUCUCAUAAUUAGAGCAAUAGGAGUGCUGGAAGGUAUUGCUUUGGUGGGAAAUCCUGAGUUUGCUAUUGUGGAUGAGGCUUAUCCUUAUAUUGCACAGAGGCUUCUCACUGAUGAGUCCCCUCGUCUAAGGAAUGCUUUACGGUAUACAAUAUAUGGGAAAUCUGGUGUUUUUGAUGCUGAAAGAUUCAUUGAUGUCAUGCAAGCCUUUGAGAAUUUCAUCACAGCAGCAAAAAGUGGAGGUGGAGAAAGUUUGAAUGGGGAUAUGGCUGAGCUUGGCAUUUUACAGAGUCAAAAUAACUUUCCGGGUGUUGCACUAGCUGCAUAUCAGCCAAUACAGCCAAUUCAAACAAGGGCAGCCUUAGGAUUUCUGCUUUCUGAGAGGGGCAAUUUUUUUCGAGAAUUUCUUCUGGACGAGAUUGUGAAGGGGAUUGAUGCUGUUACAAGGGAACAGCUGGUACAAAUACUGGCCAUCCUUGGAGUUGGAAAUGCUGCACCUGUUUUCAGCAUGGUACCUGGACCCUUCCGGCCUGCAGCACUUCUGCCAACAGUAACUGAAGAGGACAAAAUUAUAUUGAAUAAUGUUCAGAAAAUUGUUGAGUUCUUAACCGCAGGAAGUUCAGUAUCAAGGACAUCAAGUCAGGAUGUUAAUGUUGCUCGGAUCAUACAAGAGCUUCUUCCAAUUUUGCCAGGCAUCUCAGCCAGAGUGCUCCCUGAGCUGCUCUCACGGCUUUCUUCUCGUAUAGCAGCACGCAUAAUCAGGGAUACAUUUUUGUAGAUGAAAUUAUUUGAUACUAAUUAAAUCUCCAACUGUGCAUAGAUUUGUAUAAAGGGCCGUAUAUAAUUCCACUUUUUACAUCUUUCGAGUA